CGACUGCUGCGUACUGUACUUGUUUAGCAUGUGGUUUGCAUUACAAUGUCAAUUAAUGGUCAGGCUGAGCGUUCAGGGAAAGCUCCACAACGACAGCAACAGCAAAGGACAGGAUGGGGUCAAGGACAAUCUCGACAAAAGGAAGGAGUCGUGCAGGGUCAUGGUCAAUCCCAUGCUUUUAAGCGUUUUCAUGAUGAUGCUUGUCAUUCUGAUGAAAAUGCUCAGCAAGGAUCAACCUCCACAGGGCAGCAGCAGAACCAGGGGCAUAGAGCACAAGCAGGCAUCACUACUCAAACACAAGGACUGCAAGGGAAUUUGCCACCUGGUCUGAGGCGAGGACUUGGAGGUUUUGCCAACAGCAGUACUCAACGCAGUCAAUCGGGAAUACUCCCUAAUACUAUCAAUAGUAACCUCAGUAAAACCAACACCACAUCCAGAGCGAGAAACCCCAUUACAGCGCCAAAUACAACUAACACUGCACAUCAUGAGGCGGCUGGUAAUGUAGUUAGUCAAGAGCAUGCUUCACUGGGAUUUACACAAGCAUAUGCUCUAGGUUUUUCAAUUCCGACAUCAAAGUUCAAUACAGAAGCUUUUGGAACAUUUGUUGCACCGGUUUCUAACAUGACAUCAAAUACUGAAAGGAACACGAUAACAGAGACAGCUCCUGCAUACGACCCAGAGGCAUUGGAUGAUGAUUUAGAGUUGCCUGUGGAUAUUGACGACGAUUUUAGUCUAAUUGACAUGAGUGUGGAGAAAGACAUUCAUGCAUUAGCUACGGAAACGGAGAUUAGUAAUGCAGAGCGAGCCUUUGAAGAUAGCAAUGUAUCCCCUUCGCAGAUCAGGAAGAGACAAUUAGAUGAGGGCAAUACUAUUGAUGAAGCGGCACAGCUGAAACAAAGGGUUGCGGAGCUAGAAGUCCAAUUGAAGAAAAAGCAGGAGGAACUUCAAAUUGAAUCUGGCAAAUCAUCGAUGCUUAAGGACAAGUUAGAAGAUGCAAAUAAAUUCAACCUCGAGCUCACUGAAAAGUACAAGGCGGCAACUGUCCAGCAUCAAAAUGAGAAGGAGACGCUACUGGAAAAGCAUCAAAAGGACCUUGCCAAUGCUAACAUGAACCAUCAGUUUGAGGUUCAAAAGUAUAUUCUUGAUAGGCCAUCAGCAGCGAUGAAAAAUGUAGUAAGGUCAUCUCAGCAAGUAAAACCGCCGCAGCAAUCCUCAACCCCCACGUUCCCCAAGUCUUUUUCAGGAUUUGCGCCGACACAAUCACCUAUCAGUACCCUGCCACGGAACGAUGAAGGCUUUUCUCUACAGAAUUUUGCGGUGACACCCAAGUCACCAAGGAAGAGCAGAUCUUUUGGUAUGAAUCAACUUCUAGAGAAGCCUCGGCCGUUCCAAGUUACAGGAGAGCUCCCACGGCCAGUACGACCAACCUUUGGGUUUAGCAAUGAUAUUCCCACUCAAUCAGAGGAAGAAAUAAUCCGUGACAAGCUGCUUGCUGAUCGGCGACAUUCUUUUGGGCUACGGCAAUUAUUCAACAUUGAUCCAGAUGAAGAACGCAAGUGUCCGCUCCCAGGAGCUGUCGAUACGGAGAAGAAUGCUAAAUUAGAACAAAUUACUACAAGUUGUGUCAACUCUCUCACCGAUUUAAUCCAGAGCAACAACAAGCUUUCAAGGAUGGAGGCAUUCAAAUCCACAGGAGAACUUUUGCGUGUCAGUGUUGUGGAGCGAAAACUCUAUCAUUGUGUCAAUGCACUCCAUGUGAUGUUCACAUUAUGCUUUACUUAUGAUGAUCUGCUAGCUGAGUUGAGUGGAGGUACUGUCCCUUUUCUGGAAGAUGAACGACUUGACCCUCUGACAAUCAUCCCAUCAGAUAAGUCAAUACCCUCUGCAUUGGCUGCAAUCCAUUACUUAUUUUUGAGUAGAAUCGCUGUACCGUCGCAGGCAACUGCAGCUGCACCUCCGCCUCCACCAUUUCCAGUCAUGAGGCGAGAGCAUAGGCUGGAAAAGGAUGCAGAGGGGUUGUUGGACGCUGAUAUGUUCCAACUCCUCUGUCUUCUUGCGAGAUAUCAACUAGAGACAAAGGCAAUAGGCCGCUGCUUUCUUCCACUUGUUCGCAGGCGCAUUUAUGCAGAGGUAUUGAGUUUGCAUUUGAAGCAACGCCACUAUGAGACCCUGAACUAUGUCUUUGAUAUUAUUGAUAUCAUUACGCGGGAUGUUGAAUGUGCGCGUUUGUUUGUGGGGUGGAGCAUCAGUCAAGAGAACUGGACAGAGGCAUUCCCAUAUAUUGAUAUCAUUACAGAUUUUAUCGAUGUUAAUACAGGGAAGAAUAUGGACCCUAUGAAUAAAGCCAUCUUUCGGAUUAAACUCAAGAUAUUUGAAAUCCUUGAACGAGCCGCGCGUGUGAAUUUAGAGCAAACGAAGAAAAUUGUUUACAAAACCUCACUCGUCAAGAAAGUGAUUUAUUCGAUUAGGAAUCUCGUUGAUCUGGCAAGCGAGAUACAAUACCUGAGAGUGAAGGGUUCUGUAUGGCAGAAAACGAGCAACCCUACAAGUGAUGGUUGUGCUAGCGGCAGCGGACAAAAAGGUGCUGUAAAAUCACAUUCAUUUUCCUCGAUAGCGCCUAAAGUGGAGUCACCUGGCCCAUCUGCUGCACACGGACAUUCUUCCUACCGCGGUCAGGUCCAAGCCCAGGGCCCAAUAGCCUUAACGUCAGCGCCCUCAAAUCCCCUUCAGUCGUCGGAAUCGAUAAUGACGGCUGGGGUAGAAUCUCAGUUCUCGCUCUUCCCAGACAAUAACUAUGAUUUUUUGUACUACAAGCUAUCAAGCUUGGACACUGCGAGUGAGGAAGGUGGAUUGGGUUCACGAUUAGUGUCAGCAUUUGUAUCACCACAAAACAAGUUGUUCGAUUUUGUGUUGCUACUCAAGCUCGAGUUAGAGUUUAUUCUCAACAUCAUCCGCGCCUUUCCAGAUUAUUCACAGUACCUUUCAGAAAAGGAACCGACAGAAUAUCGGGCACUUGCGUAUGCAGUCAGUCGUAUCGCUGUUGGUGGCCUGGGCCUUUCACCACAAUCGGAAGAACUGGCUAGCGAUAUCCUGUUGGACUUGAUGAUGGAUGACGAAGAGGAGCGCUCGUACCUAAAAAAUGUUAGCGACAUGUAUGGUGUCCCGCAUCAGGAAGUAGAAUAGAUCUAUCAAUUAGCUUACACGAACCUUGAAGAGUUUACUUGAAAAAGCUAUUUCAAUUUCAGGACAGGCGUGCGACUUGAAAAUAUUAAAAAAAAUUCUUAAUUCCGGAUAUGAAACAAAUACGACUCUUUCCUUGCAUGGACCUGUAGGCAAAGGAGUAAAAAAUGG